AUGGCUCAACAUGGAUCCGUCUACGCUGAAAGCUCCACUGAGUCCAAUACUGCCAUGUCAAGUCUUAGCUCAGCCGAUUCUCUACCGGACGGCAGUUUGGGCUUGACGACGAUCAAUUCUGCCAUCACGGGAGGACCGCACUCACCGCAUUCUUCAGCGAGUCAAAGCAGAGACACCGUGCUCACAGCUCGCUCUUCUCCUGUGCUCUCUCGUCCAGCUGUGCCGCCGCUGCCCAAUGUUCCCGCCAUGCCCGCCCCGCCAAAGAUGGUCAUCUUCGGGACCGACGAUAGCGACGACAACAGCGAAGCCAAAGAGCGGACGAGCAGCCAUAGCAGGGGCAAGCGUCGUGCCAGCCGUCGGCCGAGCCAGUCAGAUCCUGCGCGUCUGGCGACUCAGUCGGACUACUUUUCUUCGAUCCGGGUCAGCAGACGUCAGCUGGAGACACAGCAUGCAAGUCGUCCCAAAGGAUCCAUGCUCAGCUCGAUGCUGCAAAAGCAAGAUUCGGGGCCCGAGAACCCUUUUGCCGCAUUCUAUGCCGGCAUUGCCGGUCGUGCAGCCACCGUGCCCAGCAUGACGGUCGAGAUCUACUUUCCAUGGGCCGAAAGCAGGCAGCAACCGCAACUCACGUCGCCACCGGCGAGCGGCGCCAUCUCGGUGCAUCCAAAGACUAAGAGCAUGAAGCUCAACAUCCGCAAGGAUGCCACGGUCGAAGAGGUCAUCGGCUACGGCCUUUACUGCUACGUCGAAGAACGCUGGAAGCCCGAACUGGACCCUGCAACCUCGUCGCGCUCUGACGCCGAACGUGAGGCAAGGACGACGACGAUAGGCUGGACAUUGAUGAUCGUCGAGGAUGGCGAGGUGGACGACGACUUUCCCGCUAUCGAUCAGAGCCUGUUGCUCGGCAAGUUUGGAGGCGAUGAGUUUGCCAUUUGCGAAGCUACGCCGAAUCAGAUACGCCAACACCGGGAUGCCUACUCCAAUAUUACGAGGAGGACGAUCCGCGCUCCUACGGCAUCCAAGACGCAGGGCCAGAAGCUGGGUGGGGCGACGGGCGAGUCAGGCGUUGCUGGGUCUGCAACGGUCGAUGCUUCUCAAAGCACACUUGUGGGUGGAGCCAAGAGCGGCGCGGGCGCCAUCUCAGGCAACCCCGCUUUGGCGAAUCGACUGGGCGUGCCAGGUGCUGGCACCCAAGUCGCUGGAUCGCUGAUCAACAUUCAAGGCACGCCCAUCUUUGCUUCAGGCGCACUCUCUCGCAGCGCUUUGGGCUCGUCGUCGCAGUCGAUCUUCCUCCGAGUGUUAGUGACGCCCAAUCCAGAGGUGCGAUACAAAACGACGCUGCAGGUGCCGUCGGAUAUGUAUCUUGCGGAUGUGCUCGAAAUGAUCUGUCGCAAGCGACACUUGUCGAACGUGGACGACUGGGCGCUCAUCGUUCCAGACAAGAGCAUCGUGGUUCCGCUCGAUCGGACGGUCGAGUCUCUGCAGGGCAACCACGAUCUUGCUCUAGUCCGCCGGUCCAGCCUGGGCGCGUUGGGGGGCACAGGCGCACUCAGCAGCUCAUCAACCAACCCGAACGCGUCGAUCUUCAAACGAUACUCGGCGACCUCGGACCCGAACGCACCGCUGGGUCAGCCAAAGUACACCAAGGCGCUCGACAUUGCAGCAGCAUACAAGAGCUAUACGGUGUAUCGCAAGUCGCCCAUGUUUGGUGGGCGGCACAACGAGCGCAGCCUGACGCUGGAUGGCGACUGGCUGCACAUCAUGCCUACAGACAUGAAGACGUUCGGCAAAGCGGCAAGUUUCCAUGUCUCGAGCGUGGUGGCUUGCAAGCUGUCGAGCAAAGUGGUCAACGGGUUCAAGCUUGUGGUUUGGAGGGAGAGUCCGAGGGAUACGAAGCGGUACGACUUUGAAGCGGAUUCUGGGAGGAUUGCGGCCGAGAUUGUACGCGAGAUCAAUCUGUUGAGGAGCCAGAAUUCGUAG